CAUUCGACUAAUGUUAUUGUGCUCUAUGUGAUCCAUAGAAACUUUAUGAGGAAGCAAGUCAAGUAGCGAAUGAUGCAGUAAGGAAUAUCAGAACAGUUGCCGCUUUCUGUGCAGAAGAGAAGGUGAUGGAGUUGUAUCAGAAGAAAUGUUUAGGACCAAUCCAGACAAGUAUAAGGCAAGGUUUAGUCAGCGGAACAGGUUUUGGGUUAUCACUUUUCUUUCUAUUCUCUGUUUAUGCAUGCAGUUUUUAUGCUGGGGCCAGACUUGUUGAGCAUGACAAAACAUCAAUCUCAGAUGUUUUCCGUGUAUUUUUUGCUCUCACAAUGGCAGCUGUUGCAAUGUCACAAUCUGGCCUCAUGACCCCAGCAGCAAGUAAAGCAAAAAGUUCUGUUGCUUCUGUAUUUGCUAUUCUUGACCAGAAAUCAAGGACAGACCCCAGUGACGAGUCAGGAAUGACAUUGCAAGAAGUGAAGGGAGAGAUUGAGUUCCACCAUGUCAUUUUCAAGUAUCCAACCAGGCCUAAUGUUCUUGUAUUCCAAGCUCUUUCCUUGACCAUUCAUGCAGGAGAGACAGUUGCUCUAGUAGGUGAAAGUGGAAGUGGAAAGUCUACAGUGAUCUCAUUGUUACAAAGAUUUUAUGAGCCAGAUUCAGGUCAGAUUACACUGGAUGGAACAGAAAUCCAAAAGCAGUAUGGAUAG